CGUGAGGGGAAAGGCACCGUGAGGAGAGCGGCUCCGUGAGGGAAAAGGUGCCGUGAGGGAAGAAGCGCCGUGAGGGGAAAGGCGCCGUGAGGGGAACGGCUCCGUGAGGGAAAAGGUGCCCUGAGGGAGAAGGCGCCGUGAGGGGAAAGGCACUGUGAGGGGACGGACGGUGCCCUGAGGGAGCGGCUCCCUGAGGGGGAAUGGCGCUUCCAAGGAUUCCCUGGAAUUUUCCCGCUCUGUGCUGGCUCCUGGCCGUGCCCAUUCCCGGUUCCCUGGGCUUGGAAUGCCAGGAGCACCAAUACAGUUUCCGUGACAAAUGCUGCAGCGACUGCGCCCCCGGGGAGAGGAUGCGGAGCCGCUGCACAGCCUCGGCUGACACCGUGUGCUCGCCGUGCCAGGAUGGAUAUUUCAGCGACAGGCACCACCACGGCUUCUGCCACAGCUGCACCAUCUGCAACACCCGGAAGGGCAGCGUGGAGGUGAAGCCGUGCGAGAAAACCUCGGACAGGGUCUGCGCGUGCCAGGCGGGAUUCCAGCCGGCCGGGGGGGCUCCUGUGGGAAGGGAGUGCUCCCGAUGUCCUGAAGGGACUUUCUCCAGAGGAGGGAACAAGAACUGCCAGCCUUGGACCAACUGCAGCAGUUUUGGGAAGAGCACGCUCCAGGCUGGCACGGGCACAGAGGAUGCCCAGUGCAGCAGCAGCCCUGGCCCACAUCCCUCUCCCACGGAAUUCCCGGAAAACAGGGACCCCUUUCCCACGGAAUUCCCAGAAAACAGGAGCCCCUUUCCCACGGAAUUCCCUGAGAACAGCUCCAGAGCGUCCAGCCCCAGGGAGAUCCCCGUGGUUUGUCGGGAUCCCGGCGUUCCCGCGGAGCCUGGAUGGGGCUCUUUAUCCCUGCUCCUCCUGUGCCUGAUCCUGCUGAUGGUGAGUGGAAUUUCCAUCCUGCUCCUGAUCAUCCAAGCAGCCCAGAAAAAAAACAGGAAUGGGCCUGGGAGGAGCACCCAGCACAAGGAGAGGAGCUGCCGGAUCCCCAUCCAGGAGGAGCAGAUCGAUUCCAAUUCCAGCCUCAUCAAAAACUGACCCCACCUUGGGCUGCUCCCGUGGAGCUGAGGGAGCACUGGGACUAAUUAGGGCUGGCUUUGCUUAAUUAGCACUUAAUUAGAGGCUCUUUGGAAUUUGGGAGAAUUCCUGAGGGAAUUUUGUGUGGAUUUUUUUCCUUUGGGCAAAUCCUUGAGCUCUAAAACCAGGAUCAAGUGGCAGAGCUGAGCUCUAAAACCAGGAUUAAGUCGAACUCAAUCCGCACUUCAUUAAAUCAAUUUUCCUUCUCUAAUUGCUUUUCCACAAAUUCGGAAAGGAAAUUUUUUGGGAGCAAAUCCCAAACUCUGGAAUGUGUGGGAGGAGCCCGAGGUGUCCUUUUGCUGAAUUUGAAAUAUUUCCGUGGAAAUUCCAGAAAAAAAAUUGAUUUUUUUGUCAUCCUGGAGUGAUUUUCCCUCCAAAUAUCAGCAGAAAACUCCUAAAAAAAAAUGGGAAUUUUAAACCCAUAUCCCAAAAAAUCCAGCAGGGAAUGGAUGCAGGGAUCCAAGAGGUCUUGAAAUCCCUGGAUUUGGGAUUUUUUAUAUGUUAUACAUAUCCAAAGGGGUUUAUACAGUGUAUAGGAACGUUUGUAUUGUGUACAAAGGGGGUUUGGGGGAAU